AUGAUCCAAGAAUUUCGUGUCCUUUGUAUGGAUGGCACGGAUCGAGUUUCACACAUUGUUCUGGUGCGCAGGGAGAUGAGAGUGCACGUAACUUUCAUCAUCAACGCGUAG